AUGUCCCGAUUGCUGUCGAAAACCCUAAUCCCCCACGGAAGAUUCUUCCUCCGUCGCUUCAACGAGCCGGCGUUAACGACAGCGGCUCCAAGCGUCGUCUGUUUCAACCGCCGUCCAUUUUCAUCAAAACCGCAUCUGAUCGAGAUCGACCUCGAUUCUUCCUCAUCAGCGACAUCCAGGGCCGAAGCCGAGGCCGCGGUUCUCAAGAAACUGAACGAGUUCGUUAGGAGGAUCGUGGUUCAGAAUUCGACUCCUGAUUGGCUCCCUUUCGCGCCCGGAUCCUCCUUCUGGGUCCCACCGCAUCAAAACACUGCCGCCAAGAUCGCCAAUUUGGUGGACCAGGUGACGCAUCCGUUGACGGAGGAGGAGAGUCUCUCUUUUUCUUCUCCUUCUGGCUGGCCCUGUUCCUCUUUCUUCAUUCCUCCAGAUGAUGACUCUUCAUCUAAACAAGAGGUGGAAGGUAGCACGGAGUUCAACGUUCCGGGAAAUGAGAUGCUGGAAGUCAAGCUAGCGCAGUUUCCAGAUCCAAUCUACUUGUUGAAACAUGGAGAUGAUGAUGAUGUUGAGUGAUUUUACAUUUCCAGCUUGCGAUGAAGUCCAGUCCUGAUGCGUUGUUUGCAUAGACAGGCUUGGAAAAAACAGAUGAUUCCCGAGACUGAUGAGGUUGUGUUUGUAUAUACAGUUGCAAGCCAUGGAAUUAUAUCGAUGUUUUGGCUGUCUUAACGCUGUCUGUGAACUAUAUUUUAUUAAGUUCGAUAUAAUUAAAAGCAGAGCAGACGGUUGAACUUGAAGCUCCUACUGCUUGUUAUAAUUUUAACCUUCGUUGUCACCUGUUUAUAAUUCUAUUAUACUUUGUGUCUCUGUACUUUCUUCUUGUCUUUAUUUGUAUG